AUGUUUGGAAACUUCAUAUCCUGGAUGAUAGUGGCGACAUGGGUGAUAAUGCAUCAGCCCCAGGUGGAGACUCGAUCUCUGCUUUUCUCGGAUAUGCCUGCCGACGCCCUGGAACGUCUUCCGUUCGCUGUGACGAAUCGCCGUCCGGAGCGCAGUGUUUUGUGGAAACCUCUUGAGGCAUCUCCUAAAUGGUGUGGUAGAUAUUUAAAAAGUUAUAAUUCAAUGAGUUCAUUCUAUUGCUUGUGAAAUACUAGGAAUAAUAAAAUAAUGAACCUUCAAACAAUUUGCUGUGCACUUUUUAAAAUUUAUUUACAGUCCCUUCAACAUUGUGAUUAUUAGCUGCUAUUUCAGUUAUAGAUACAGUAAAGCAUUGCUCAUGAGAUUUCAAAACAUUACAUUCCAGAUAAUAGUAUAAUAAUAGAAUUAACAAUACAAUGUAUACAAUACAGCAUUAAAUCAAUAUAUUACAAUUUAAUGACACUUUAUCUGUGGCUAUCUGGUUAUCUUACUCUGAAAGUGUUCGCCUUAAUUAUUAAAAUGUUAAUGAAAUGAAUAAUAUUUUAAUAGCUUCUUUGUAUUGAUCAUUUAUUUGAUAUAAUCUCCAGCUUCCGACAUUAAUUUUAAUAAUUAUUGAAAUUAUUUUUUAUACUUAAUUAACAUGUAGCUGAUCUCCGAUAAAGAAAGACGUGAUUAUUUCUACACGGCAACCUACAAGAAUAAUAUUUAAAUUUAUAAUUAUGAGAAGUACUUUGUUACCUUUUUGUAAUCUUGCAAGAAAUGUGCGUAUAUCAUAUUCAUUCUUAUAGAAUUCCCUUCAAACACACAGACACAGGUGUAGUAAUUAUGUAAGAAAAUAACGAAAAAGCAACACUGUUCUAAAGAACAAGGUCCACGGGAAUUCAGUACGCAUUGAGUAUAUACUUACAAGUUGUAAAAGUGAAUAAAUCUCAUUAAAUACACCUGUGUAUUUAAUAACCGCUCUCUUAAUACUUAGAUUUACCUCACUACUAACGAGUAAUAAGAAACGUUAUAAAAUAUGUAUUAUAAGGCAGUUGCAUGUUUCAUAUUAAACAAGCAUUGUAGAACAUUAUAAACAAAAAUGCCUAAAUUAAAAAAAACACUAGCGUAGGAAUAAAAUUA